UUGUUCAAAACCGCUUCAAGGUCGUACCGAACGAGUCGAGCCGUACGAUCCCGACGAAAUUUGGCAAUGCCGCUUUUGUCUACAACGACCACAAACGAUGAACGACCGAAAAUAUUUUUAUUCCACCGUCGCCGCCGCAGUGUCAUCGUUAUAUUAAUAUAAUAUUGUUCAGGGACAACGUACGUUUAUGAUAGUAAUCUAUUACAUCAACAAUAUUAUAUAUUGUUUUCACGGGGCAAAGCAUAAUAUUUUUUUUCCCUACCGAAGUGUUUAAAGGUAAACUUUCAACGUAAACAUUCGGACGUCAUGGCCAACUAACUUGCAGUUAUCACAUCAAUUGUCGGCGCGCUAUCAGCGUUCAGCGGUAGUGGUGUGCACUGUGGCCUGUGCGACUAUUCACUAUAGUGCGAGCCGCGAGGCCAUCCACCGCGUUCUUAUCUAUUCGCCAAAGGUUGUUUUGUCACACAUUGUUGUAUAGCUGUUGCUUGUUAGGCCGAGGUUCGUGUUGUGUCCGUUCAGUGCCCUCUUGUCGUCGUCGCCCUGUCCACCAAAACACAAAUUUCCGGUAGCGAAGCGCCGUCUCUGCUAGAUAUUGGCCGCGUAGAUCUGUUGGUCAGCGUCCAGCAUCCGAGUACCAACAACGACUACUUACCAUGGAAGCGAUUGCAAAACACGAUUUCAAAGCGACGGCUCCAGACGAACUGAGUUUCAAAAAAGGAAGUCUCCUAAGGGUAAUCAACAUGGAAGACGAUGUCAACUGGUUUCGAGCAGAGUUCGAAGGCAAAGAAGGGUUGAUACCCAGCAACUAUAUCGAAAUGAAGAACCACGACUGGUAUUACGGAAAAAUAACAAGAGCUGACGCCGAAAAAUUAUUAGAUCAACAGCCCGACGGUUGUUUCCUAGUAAGAAUAAGUGAAAGCUCGCCAGGAGAUUUUUCCUUAUCUGUCAAGUGUGGUGAUGGUGUACAACAUUUCAAAGUAUUGCGAGACGCCCAAGCUAAAUUUUUUUUGUGGGUAGUGAAGUUUGAUAGUCUUAAUGAAUUGGUCGACUAUCAUCGUGAAUCGUCAGUAUCUCGAUCACAAGAUGUUCGACUUAGGGACAUGCCAGCAGCAACUCAAAAUGGAUUUAAUCAAAAGCCUACUCUAGUAAUUGGAAUGUACGAUUUUACACCACAAGAAGAAGGAGAGUUGGCUUUCAAGCGAGGGGAUGUCAUAACAGUGACUAACCGUACUGACGUUAACUGGUGGCGAGGGGAAAUCGGUACUAGGGAAGGAUUGUUCCCUGCCGCAUACGUAUCUCCUUAUCAUGCUCCGUAAUUGGAAUUUUACAAGAUGAAAGUAAAUUGUAUGAUAAUUAUGAAUGUGACAGUAAAACAACAGACUUAACUCUUUUUAGGUUUAUCAUUUGGAAUCUGAUCAUAUUAUUUUUUUUUAAAAAUCAUUAAGGCAAUAAUUAAUAUACUUUAAUUUAUUUGGGAUUUUGUUACUGAUUGAAUUAUUAACUUUUUUUAUAUCCGACGUUAAUUUUGAAUUAUUUGUGAAUAAAUUGUAUAAAGUAAUCGUAUAGUGCUUGAUGAAUCAAAAUUGUAAAAUGUUACCCAUAUUCAUUCAUUAUUCAGAGAAAAUGGUCACCGUAUACAAUUUGUAAUUAAAUAUAACUAAGUGUACACACCUAAUGUGUAUAACUUAAAAACAUAACAUAUUAUAAUAUGCAAUGAGAAAAAUGAAGUUAUUUGAUUCGUGAUUCUUAAAGCAAAAAUUAUUAUUUUGCUAUUGCUGUUUAAAAUUAAUAUAUUAUACUCAGUUCAACUUAAAUAUUUUAGUUUUGUGCUUAUGACUGUAUUAUAAUUUCUUCAUAUUUAUAUAAUUACUAGCACAAAUAAUAAUUUACGUAUAAUUUGUUUCGAUACAGAUAAGAGUUAAUACAU